AUGAAGCCAAUCAAGGUUUGGAUGGCACCUCCCGGGCCGAACCCUUGGAAGGUCGUCAUCGUUCUUGAGGAAUUGCAACUUCCCUACGAGAUCAUGUCCUUCAAGUUCGAGGAGAUCAAGAAGAAGCCGUUCAUCGACAUCAAUCCAAACGGCCGUGUUCCUGCCAUCGAGGACCCGAACACAGGCAUCACCCUGUGGGAAUCCGGCGCCAUCAUCACGUUUUUGAUCGAGCAGUACGACAAAAACCAUGUUCUCAGCUACGACACGCUCAAGGAGAAGCACGAAUGCAACCAGUGGCUGCAUUUCCAGAUGAGCGGCCAGGGCCCAUACUUCGGCCAGGCCGGCUGGUUCAACGUCCUGCACGCAGAGAAGCUCCCCUCGGCCAUCGAGCGCUACCAGGCCGAGGUCCGCCGCAUCCAGGGCGUGCUCGACGGCCAGCUGAAGGACCGCACGUGGCUGGUCGGCGACAAGAUGACCUACGCGGACCUGGCCUUCGCGCCGUGGAACGACCGCACCGACGCGCUGCUCGAGUGCGCCGCCGCCGACAAGUUCAAGGGGUUCCCGAACCUGCAGGCGUGGCACGAGCGGGUGACGGCAAGGGACUCCUGGGUCAAGGCCAUGAAGACGCGCGCGGUCCUGAUGGACGAGCAAGGGCUGGACUGGCACGGGAUGCCAAAGGGCAUGAAGAACAUGGCCGAAUAUCAGGCUAAGAUCAAAGCUGAGGAGAAGGCGGGCUAG